AUGGCGGCGGUGCAGGUUGCUGGCUCCCAGCACGGCGGGCCGUCGCUGGCAGCGCCGCAGGAGCCCGGCCCCGAAUCGGGGCACGCGUUCCCCCGCCUGUGGGCCAAGCUCCGCGCCCUGCGCCCCGACGACGGCAGCGCCGCCUGCACGGAGCUCCACCUGCUCCUGGACCAGCUCAUCUCCGAGAACUACCACGACGGCGGCCCCGUGGCCCCGGAGGAUGUCAGUGCUCUUCUUGUGAUUGUUGAUGAACAGAACCUGGAUUUCCUGUUGUCCUACACCAUCUCUGCUAUCCAGCAAUGUAGUCCCUGGACGCACAUGGAAAUUCUACAAGCCCUGGCGGCUCUGGUUUACUGCAACGGCUCAAAAUGUCAGAAGUAUCUCCCAGACUUGGUGGGCAAGACCGGACUCUUGAUGAAGCUGAGUGACCCGGCUCAGGCUGACCCAGAAGUGAGGAGGGCUGCAGUGCACUGCAUGGCAAACUUAUGCCUCAGUGUGCCAGGACAGCCGUGUUUGGAUGAGCCCUACCAGAGGAUAUGCUUCCAAACUUUCCUGACCACGUUACAGUCACCAAAACCGUGUGACAUGGACGAUAUCACAUUCUGCAUGCUGUUACAAAACGCCUUGAAAGGGGUACAGUCGCUUCUCAAUGGUGGGAAGAAGAAGCUGACGCAGGCUGAGGAACUGGGAGCCCUUCUAGCUGUGCUGAAGAAAUCCAUGUUUCAUGGACUCCCUGGACUGAACAUAGAGAUUCCUACGGUGUUAUAUCCAACUCUGCUUCCUCAGUAUGACGGGCGACCGCCUGCCAGAGCACAGCAGUCCCAGCCAUGCCCUUCUCGGCCGGCCAUGAAUAAAAAGAAAAAAGCAAAAGUUAAACCAAGGAAAGUCCAGCACGGGGAGGAGGAGGAGGAGGAGGAGGAGGACUCCAGCGGCGAGAUGGAAGCCAGCCCAGUCCCGGGCAGAGCGGACCUGCCUAGAGGGAGCCUGCUCUGGGCCUCCUCCCCGGGCGUCCAGAGUCUGCCACCGGAUGGAAGUGGGGCUACAGGGAAAGCUCGCUCCUCCUCGCGCUUCACUUCUUCCGGUUGGAAACGAGCCAGCAGCAGCGAAUCCGACUAUUCUGAUGCCGAGGGAGGCAUGCAGAGUAAAGUGAGGUCUUACCAAGCCAGAGUGCGCCAAGGAGCACUGGCUUGUUUUCUCUCUACUGUAAAAUCCGUGGAAAACAAGGUUCUUUAUGGCUACUGGUCUGCCUUUGUUCCCGAUACCCCUGAACUGGGCAGCCCCCAGUCUGUGUCGUUGAUGACUCUUACAUUAAAAGACCCUUCUCCAAAGACGCGUGCCUGUGCGCUGCAGGUUCUGUCCGCCAUCCUGGACGGCUCCAAGCAGUUCCUGUCUGUCGCCGAAGACACCAGCGACCACAGGCGGGCCUUCACGCCCUUCUCCGUCGCGAUCGCGUGCAGCAUCAGAGAGUUGCACCGGUGUCUUCUGUUGGCGCUGGCGGCCGAGUCCUCGUCACAAACCCUCACUCAGAUCAUGAAGUGCCUUGCCAACUUGGUGUCCAAUGCACCUUAUAACCGUCUGAAACUCAGCCUGCUGACCAAAGUCUGGAACCAGAUAAAGCCUUACAUCCGCCACAAAGAUGUUAAUGUUCGUGUGUCCAGCCUCACACUCCUGGGAGCUAUCGUGUCCACCCAUGCACCUCUACCUGAAGUGCAGCUACUUCUACAACAGCCUUGUGCUUCUGGACUCGGUAGUAGCAACCCAGCAACUCCUCAUCAGCCUGAUUGGUGGAAGAAAGCCCCCUGGGGACCCUCUCUGGAAGAAACUACAGUCAGCUCACCAAAGGGGUCUUCCGAGCCCUGCUGGCUCAUUCGACUGUGCAUUUCCAUUGUUGUGCUGCCCAGGGAGGACUCCGGCUCCAGUAGUGAGGCGGGCUCAGCCGCAGGAAGUACCUAUGAACCAUCCCCCAUGCGCCUGGAGGCCUUACAGGUGCUGGCUCAUUUGGCUAGAGGCUACUUUUCCAUGACUCAGGUUUACCUGCUAGAACUUGGAGAGCUUAUCUGCAAGUGCAUGGAGGAAGCCGACCCAUCGGUUCAGCUUCACGGAGCAAAGCUUCUGGAAGAACUGGGCACGGGCUUGAUACAGCAGUAUAAAGCAGACGCUGCCUUAGCAGCCGGUCAGAGAGUACCGGUCCUUUUGGUGGUGACGUUCUGGACUAUGAUGCUGGCCGGUCCUUUGCCCAGAGCCCUGCAGAAUUCGGAGCACCCGACUCUGCAGGCGAGCGCCUGCGACGCCCUGUCCUCCAUCUUGCCAGAGGCCUUCAGCAUCCUGCCGAAUGACAGGCAGGUCCUGUGCAUCACCGUGCUGCUGGGCCUGAAUGACAGCAAGAACCGAUUGGUGAAAGCGGCGACGUCCCGGGCCCUGGGAGUCUACGUGCUUUUCCCCUGUCUCAGGCAGGAUGUCAUAUUUGUUGCAGACACUGCAAAUGCAAUACUGAUGUCACUUCAAGACAAGUCCCUGAACGUCCGGGCCAAGGCAGCCUGGUCCCUGGGAAACCUGACCGACACGCUGAUUGUCAACAUGGAAACCCCAGACCCAAGUUUCCAGGAAGAGUUUUCUGGCCUCCUGCUCCUGAAAAUGCUGCGAUCCGCUAUAGAAGCAUCCAAGGACAAAGACAAGGUCAAAAGCAAUGCAGUCCGGGCUCUGGGAAAUUUGCUUCACUUUCUGCGGCCGUCUCACAUCGAGAAACCCAGGUUUGCCGAAAUCAUUGAAGAGGCCAUCCAGGCCCUGAUUUCUACCGUUCUGGUUGAGGCCGCCAUGAAGGUCCGCUGGAACGCGUGUUACGCAAUGGGGAACGUCUUUAAAAACCCUGCUCUCCCGUUAGGAACAGCCCUGUGGACCUCCCAGGCCUACCACGCCCUCACGUCGGUUGUGACGUCAUGUAAGAACUUCAAAGUGCGCAUCAAAUCCGCCGCUGCGCUUUCCAGCCCCGGCUCGAGAGCACAGUACGGCUCCGUCGAGCAGUACACUCGGAUCUGGACCGCGCUGGUCACAGCCUUGCAGAAGAGCGAGGACACCACAGAUUUUUUGGAGUUCAAAUACUGUGCCAGCCUGCGAACCCAGAUCUGCCGGGCACUGAUUCACCUCCUGAGCUUGGCCAGUGCCUCAGACCUGCCCUGCAUCCAGGAAGCCCUUGAACUGAGUGGGAACAUGGUCCGGUCCUAUAUCCUACAGUUUUUAAAAUCAGGAGCUGAGGGGGAUGACACCAGGAUGACCCCUGGCCCCCAGGAAAGAGACCAAAUGGUCAGACAGGCCCUGCAGCACAUAGGCAGCGUCCAGGCACUGGCGGGAGACACGGCUCAAAGGGCCAUUGUGAGCUACCUGGAGGAAAUCCUGGCUGUUCAUACAGACGCAGCUGGGCCACAUCUGCCACCUCUGGAAUUAACCAGUGGGUGACUGGCCCACCCUUUCUUCCCGCGUGUGCAGUGUGGACUAGGGAGGCCGGCGCUCGAGCAGCGACUGUCGGGGAGCUUCAGAAAGGAUGUGGGGAAAUCCCGCCUCUCGGAGUCCAUCUCCACAGACUUUUUGAGGUCCCCUUUACUUUGGAGUGACUUAGCAGCUACCUGACGUCUUAUCAAAGGGGGCUUUAGAAACGGGCUCCACUACGGAGGCAGUGGUCACAGCCCCUGACCUGUGUCACCAGCAGCUGAGGAGCCGGGCUGUGUGGUGUAGGGGAUUUGGUCUCAGAAGGAAAAAAAAACAUGUAGGAAUCAUCUGUCAGUUUGUCACACUGAGGUGGCUUGAGGAUGACAGCGUUGCUGGUAUCUCAAAUACCGGCAGGGCCACCCAUGAUAACAGAGCUUCCAGAGCAAGGCAGACUCGGAAGAAAGGCCUGGUGAUCACUUCAAAAAUUAGCCCGUGAAAACCUGGGAAAUACUCACUUGCCCUGGAGGGGGCAUCUGUUGGGGAAGCAGAGGGCCAGCAGGAUGCGGGGGCCCGGGGAGGUGGAUUGGCACUGCAGCCACAGCCAUGGACGCGGACA